CGUCUUUCAUCUCCAUAAUUGGUGGGGUAUCGGGCUGGAAAGCCAAUAGGGCCUGGAGACGGAUAUCCUGUGAGACAGUUAGCAUACUGGUCUUCGCUAUUUUGGACAUUCUGGUACAGAAAAUACCCUUAUCGGCAUGGGGCUAGCCAAUUCAUUGAAAAUCAUGAAGACAUUCUGUCUCAGCAAACGCAUGAUUGUCCUCCUGCUUUCGUUGAUCUUACUGAGCGUGAUUGUAUGCUUUGGCUUACAAUAUGUAUAUUCCUUCAGAAAGACGCUGUAUACGGACAGGCCAUACAUACGGAUGAGGGACAAACCCCCUGAACUCUCGCUAAAGUCAGCAGCUGAACGACUUAAGUUAAUGGGGAAACUCAUUCAUAACGCAAAGAAGCACGUGCGAGGCUCGAAAACGGCUGCUCAUUUAAAGAAUGCAAUGCAGAUCAUGAACUCUUUGUAUAAGGAUAUGAAAAUCGACCCUGAUCAAGUCUAUAAGAGAGGUGUGCGUCCAUCAAAAAGUGUUUGUCCCGAAUCGUUCAGUAAUACUUCUUAUGGAUAUCCAUUCUAUGACAAAGGAUUUGAAACAGUACAAUGUGAUUAUAGUCGGCCGAUAUGGGAAUUAGUGACCGUCGUGAAACAGUAUUGCGAUAGUGACCCGACCGAUGUUGUUAGUGAGAUUGAACUACUUGCAAAGUCGGUGUACAAUGUGAAUACUAAGAUGAUGGUGUUCAUAUCAGUUCAUCAUUCGAAACAUCAUUCAAUUAAGGCAUUAGGACUUCAUAAUUUGGUUUUAUUCGAUACUAAUUGUUCAGGUGACGGAGCCGUGUUCAACGACAUGUUAAAGAGCGUCAAAACCAUGUAUGUGUUUGUAGCACGCAAUGUUAUACGUUUGGAUGGCGAUGCUAGACUGGAACGCUUGAUCAGAGAAAUAGAGAGUCUGGACGUUGUCGCGGCAGGCGGUGCUAUCCGGUACCCUACUGGACAUUGGAAAAAAGGAUGUUUUCAGUCCGUUUAUAGAAACUACUCGCUAAAGUACUUUGAAGGGUAUGACGAGUCGCUGCACGAGUGUAUAUUCUGCGAUUAUAUUCAGGGCCCAUUUGUAACAUCAACAAAAUAUUUGAAAGAACAUCGUUUCACUGCCCACUUGAAAGAAACGAAUGGACUUUACGAGGACUGGUUUCUGAGUAUAUUUCUUCAUAACGGAGAAACUGUUGUUUGCCCUGAUAGCAUGCUACAUGUGCGCCAAACGGACACGUCAAGUGCACGCCGGAAUGACUGGCAGGUCUUCAUGGAAAAGUGGGACUUGUUAAAACUUUUAAACGCAGGCAGUCAUGUUAUAAAGCGAAGUUGUAGUAAACACGUGUUCAAGUUCCAUGAGAAGAACGCCCGAUCUCCGUGUGACAUGCAAUCCAAUGCCGAUGCUGUUAAUAAAGUGAUGAGUAUAUGCGAUGAGUCUGGAAUCAUAUGUGAAAUCGAUACUGGGACCGGAUUGGGGGCAGUGAAAUUCGAGAAAGCACUCCCGUGGGAGGUGGACGCAGAUAUCAUGUUUCUCUCAGCAAACUACACUGCGUUUUGUAAAUUGAAAACUAAAUUUGAAAAAUUAGGCUUUCGGUUCCAAAACAACAAGAAAGCCUUUUGCUGUGAAAACUACCGUGUGGCUGGAGGCCAAGUGGACCUUUUCUAUAAGGGAUGGAAGAUAGAAAUGUGGGGGAUGCCCAGGGUGGAUAGGGAUCGAUCAAUUAAUGGCAAUCCAACUCAGGUUUUAUUUGAUGGACAGUUCGUCAAUGGGCCGAGAAAUCCGGGACUGUGCUUUCGGAACCGCUACGGACGGGAGAUAUACCAGCAUGCCCAGCAUUGGUCCAUAACCGGGGGCAAAGACAGCUGGAUUAACUAUACAACAAAUGUGUUUCAGCCAUGCAAAAGUAAAACUGGACAUAAUUGUUUAGACAAGUAUAAUGGUGACGGAAGUUUGCAGUUUGCUGAUAUGAUGCCUUAACGUGGCAGUUUAAUUGUAGACUCAUUUUAAUGAUAUAUUGCCAUGACGUUCUGACGACAUUUGAUCAACUGCAAUUGAAUAGGCCAGGCUUUUUUUUCACCAAAAAUCCAUUCAGUAAUAGAUGAGCUACAGUGAUUUUCCAGUAUUGUUUGAAUGGUAUGCCGUGUAGGCCUACGAUUUCCGCCUAAACCCGAAACAAGUUUAGCCUAAUUUUUUGUCCGAAGCGGUCAUGUAACCUGUCUUAUUUGCACAUUACACCAGUUAAUUGUAACUUCGCAUAAGGCCUGUAGUUGUUAUAUAUUAGUCUUGGGCGUACAUAAUGGAAUUGGUAUACAUGUGAGGGCAUUUGUACAUUUCAGUCCCUCAGAAUAAAGAAGGAUUUGUGAAAGAGGAGUAUAGGGUCCUGUCUUUCCGAUGGUUGUCGCCAGUGACGGACGCCUACACAAAGGGUAUUAAGCGCGCACUAAGUCUGUUGUACUGGUAAGAAGUGUACCAGGGCCCAGGUCAACGCAUCUUGACCCGCAAUGUCUUGAGAUCGUUAAAACAUCCCUAAAACCAUGUUAACCCGGCCCAAUUACCAUGUGGUCAAAUAGUUUUGGAGAUAGUUUUGAGGCACUUUCGAGAGAGUAGAGAAGAGAGUGUGUGGAAAGAUACAGAGAAGCUCAAGAGUGUUUUAUUAGAGAAGUACAGAUAAGUGUCAUCCCAACACCAAA